UUUGGGGAAGGCCCCCACCCUCCUCCGUCCUCUGAAGGAGCCUGGUCCUCACUCCCGGUGCUGAGACUCCCCCAGGGGCCCCCCAAGGCCUCCCGUCUGGCCUUGAGGGCGCUGCCUGUCUUUUCACCCGGGAGGAGGGCAAGGCCAUGGGGCUGCCCCUGCUGCUGCCCCUGCUGCUGCCCCUGCUGCUGCUGCUGGCGUCUCUGUGGGCUGGUCACUGGGCACAAAGAAAUUCAGAGCCUCACCCUGAGAUGAAGCAACCAGCGGAUCUCUCAGCCCCCGAGGGUGGCUCCAUCCUCAUCCCCUUCUCCUUCUCUCACUCCUGGGAAUUAGCCAAGGUUCCCAACAUGAAAAUAUCCUGGAGAUGGGAACACUUCCUUGGGGAGUUCAUCUACAACACGACCCCUAAGUUCAUCCAUAAUAAUUUUAAGAACCGGCUCUCCCUGAACUGGACAGAACCUGAGAAGAACGGCUCCCUCCGGAUCUCAAACCUGCGGAGGGAGGACCAGUCUGUGUACUUCUGCCGGGUGCAGUUGGUCACACUGAAAUACGGCAAGCAGAUGUGGCAGUCCAUCGAGGGGACCAAACUCACCAUCACCCCCCGCAGCAAGACAACCACCUGGGAUCCUACCACCACCUCCACAGCUGGUCUCGGGGGCUCAGAGGGCAAAAAGAGUUCCAAGCUGUGGGCCCCAACCAUGGAAGCUAUAGUUGGGUUGGCACUGGCCAAUAUUGUGUUGCUCAAGAUUCCAAUCGUAGGACUGACUGUGUACCUCUGGUGGAAGAGAAGCAAAGGGAGUCCUUCAGAAACACGGAAGAGAAUUACGAGAACACCGGGAAUGAAGGAUGAUGGUGAAGUUCUCCAUGCCUCCCUCACCCUCUCCAGCUUGACCUCACCAAGAGCAGUGCCUCCUCUCCCCCCUCCACACUGGGAACCCCAGGAAGAGACUUACUCUGUCUUAAAGACCUUAAGGAGUGGGGCUGAGUGAGGACCUCCUUUGAGUCAGCUGCGCACAGGGAUCUCAGUUCCUCAUAAUCACCCCGGCCAGACACAGACAACUCAGAGGCCUGCAGGUGCUGAAAGUCAUCCACGACCUGAGAGUCACACAGGCCCUGCCCCAAUUCCCUCUUCAACCCCCCAGCCUUUCACCACAAAAAUAAAAGGACCUGUACAAUUUGCCUGAACACACCUAAGGAGAAAGCUGAUGUCACCUUCAACUUCUGUCCUUCCAGAAGUUGAUAAAAUGAACCAUGAUAGAUAGCUCAACUGGAAUUCCAUCACCUCCACUAGCUUUGUUCGUAGUGAUGCUUUCUAAGGUCCACUU